CUUUCAAGCUCCGGGGAUGUGCUUCGCAUCAGCCAGUGGUGGUUCUGCCCAUGUUACUCUACUUACACUCAAAGAUUCUUCUCGAAAUCUUGUCACAUUCUACCAAACUCUUCCCUAAAACUUUCCGUCGAUCAUGCUGAGCUCUCCCUGAGCAGUUCCCUAUCGAAAUACCUAUCCAAGAUCUUUUUAUUCUCGAGCGCAAAUUUGAUCUAACCCUUUCUUUUACACCCGCUUUCCGAGAUUCGCGACUCCACGAGUAGCCGCAGUCAUGGGCGACGAUAUACGUGUCGAGCUCGGCUCGGUUGCGCUCAAUGGCUCAUCGCCCAAGAAGGUCGCUUACUUUUACGAUUCCGACAUUGGUAACUAUGCCUAUGUUACUGGUCAUCCCAUGAAGCCUCAUCGCAUUCGGCUGGCGCAUAGCUUGAUUAUGCAGUACAACCUCUACCAGAAGAUGGAGAUUUACCGCGCGAAACCUGCGACUCGAGGCGAGAUGACCCAGUUCCAUACCGACGACUACAUCGAUUUCCUGCAAAAGGUCACACCAGACAACAUGGAUAGCUUCAUGCGAGAGCAAGGAAAAUACAACGUUGGUGAUGAUUGUCCCGUUUUCGAUGGCCUUUUCGAGUUCUGUGGUAUUAGUGCAGGUGGUAGCAUGGAGGGUGCAGCGCGACUGAACCGCCAAAAGUGCGACAUCGCCAUCAACUGGGCUGGUGGUCUUCACCACGCCAAGAAGUGUGAGGCCAGUGGUUUCUGCUACGUCAACGACAUUGUCCUCGGCAUUCUAGAACUCCUUCGAUUCAAAAAGCGGGUCCUUUACAUCGAUAUCGACGUGCAUCAUGGCGAUGGUGUUGAGGAGGCUUUCUACACCACCGACCGUGUCAUGACCGUUUCUUUCCACAAGUACGGAGAGUACUUCCCCGGCACUGGCGAACUUCGAGACACUGGUAUUGGACAAGGAAAAAACUAUGCUGUCAACUUUCCUCUUCGAGAUGGUAUCACCGAUGUGUCCUACCGGUCAAUCUUCCAGCCUGUCAUUGAGAAUGUCAUGAAGUACUACCAGCCCGAGGCUGUUGUUCUCCAAUGCGGCGGUGACAGUCUGUCGGGCGAUCGACUUGGUUGCUUCAAUCUGAGCAUGGAUGGCCAUGCCAACUGUGUCAACUAUGUCAAGAGCUUUAAUCUCCCGACUCUUGUUCUCGGUGGAGGUGGCUACACAAUGCGCAACGUCGCUCGAACUUGGGCUUUUGAGACUGGUGUUCUUGUGGGCAAGGAGAUGGACCGAACCCUGCCCUACAACGAAUACUACGAAUACUAUGCUCCCGAUUUUGAGCUGAAUGUGCGAUCCUCUAACAUGGAGAACUCUAACAGCCGAGAGUACCUCGAGAAGAUCACUUCCUCAGUCAUCGACAACCUUCGACAAACCGGACCUGCUCCUUCAGUACAGUUGCAAGACGUCCCCCGAAAGCCCUUCGGCGGUAUGACUGAUGAGGAGGAGGCCGAGUUGGAUGACCUUGAUGAGGAUGAGAACAAGGAUGUUCGCAUGACCGAACAUCGUUGGGACAAGCAUGUUGAACACGACAACGAGUUCGAAGCCAGUGACGACGAUGAGAUGGCUCAGGCGCAUGGUGCCACGCGCCAGAAUGGCAACAAGCGCACAUUUACCGACUAUCGCAAGGGAGAAAUGGAAAUCGAUAAUGCCGAUGCUCCUCCUGCCAAGGUUACCAACGGUGCUUCUGCUGAUGAACCUGCUGAAGAACAAGCUGGCGAGGAUGCUCACGAUGUGAAUGACGAUACUAUCGACGACAUCUCAGCCCCAGCCCCAGCCGAGAAGGAGGCUCCGCCCAAGGAGAGCGAGAAGCCCGACGAGGCCGCCAAGGAACCUGAAGCUAGUAAAGUGGAUGGAGACGGUGAUGUUGGCAUGGAGGACUCAGCGGCUCCAGAGGAGACAACAAUCAAGAAGGAAGAGGUCGAGCCUGAGGCACCCGUGGAGCCUUCAGCGCCCACCGAGAAGGCUUCAAAGGACGAGUCUGCUGCCCAAGAGGCCCCCGAUUCCGCUACGAAGGAGCCCAUCACAGAACCUAAAACUAUUGAAGAGACCUCAGAUAAGCCUGCAGCAGCACCUGAGAAGGCUCAGGGCGAACAACCCGACGAUGCUAUGGACGUCGAUACGGAGAAGGAUAAGCCAGAGCCACCUAUCGAGAAGAGCAAGAGCCCUGUGAACUAGGGGCUUCUGGGCAAAGCCCUCUUGAUUUCUUAGAGAUAAUUUCACGUUACAAGCAAAAGCUCAUGCCACGUGCAUCUUCGCAUGGAAGCAACCGGCCUUACGACACUCAACAAGUAAGGAGACGAAAACAUUGCAUGCGGAGGAUUCAUGUGGCCUGCAGUCAGGCGUUCCGGGCGCAGGGGUAAAGACGAUACGAAGGGACAGGCAUCGAAUUGUACAAGAGGGUGGAAUUUCAAGGCUCGAUCACACAUAAUUGGGAUGCUGUCUUUAUUAUGAUGUUUGAUGUUUGUACUGAGUAGUUAGUCACUAAAGCGAAAGAAUUUCUUUAAACACUACAAAUCACGAUAUCUUGGGCAUGAGUGGCAUGUAUGGAUUUCAAUUUUAUUGAAGCAUGAGUCUUAGCAAUGAUGAUAAUGUCUUUUUGUUGGGGAGUGACGUCUUGUCUUUAAUCCAACCAAGUAACUGUAAACUGAGCACACAACCCAGUUCCUCCCACAACUCAACUACUACUCUUAUUAUUCCUCCUCAUCUCUCCUAUUAUAAAGCUUUCCUCCACGGAUAUGUGGUAAAGCCUACUUGGUCUCAGCAUGGACAUCGGCCUAACUCCCACACGGACUUCCCUCGUCUUCUUUUUCGAGUGACUCAUCGGCCAAAGGCUCAGUUGAACUCGGUGGAAGACCCAUCGUUUGUGGGUGACUAUGCAGUGAACACAUUAAGUUCAAGAAUGCUUCAUCCUAGCUCCAGGGACAGUGGCGUUUGAGAAAGUUGUAGCGUUCGAUUGCUCUGUCGUGUGAGGCGAGCUCCGGACUCAAGUGCGCGAAUCUGUCACGUCUGGCUGAUGACUCUGCGGAAGAAGUGUCCUCCUGUGUGCCUUUUCUUGUGCCUUGUGUGUUUGUUUCAUUUGUUGAGGGCUCUGCGCUUGAAGUGCCACUGUUUGAAGCGUCAUCGUUCGAGAUACCUUCGUUGAUGUGGCCUCCAAACGUGUGGCCAACCUCGGCCAUGAAGGCCGUGACCUCUUGAUCGAUUUCUUCUCUUUCGGCGGCUGAAAGCAUCACGAAGAUAUCUGGUAGAUUUUUCUUAAGGGAUUCGUUUAUGUUAUAAUUAACUUGGGUUGACCUGAUGUAGUUCGUGUGGUUCGGCAGUGAUACUAUAGUUGGAAAGUCCAGUCCUGAUCAACCACGUGAUGUUAUCGAGGAAAGAGAUGAGAUAUUUAAUAGUGAAAGAGAAAGGCCAUUGCUCCCGGUAUAUAGUUAGAUUGUUGAACUUUCUAUGUGGAGGUCUUUCGAUGAGUUGAUGCGCCCUUUCACCAUCCUAGAGUUUAUUUCUGAGAUCACGG